CUCAAACUCGCGCACCUCGCAAAGAAAGAAAAAUCGGGCAAGGCGAGCGAGGAUCGCGACCCGUCAGUUUCUCCGACGCUUUUCUAUAGAAGAAAAUCCCGAUUAUCGGUUAAAAAAAAAACUCGAACAAUUAGUGUUUGUGCGUGAACAGUGUCCAAAAUCCGACAAUUUUAAACGCUUGGAGCAUCUUUUUGUAGCUCAAAAACACUUUUGAAAAACAGCUGCAAAAUAAUAAACCACAGACACACAGUUGCCACCGCACAAAUCUAUAAAUUCUUCUUUGGCGGUGCCGUUUUGCUGAUAGGAUAAUAAUGCGGCCGAAUAAAUAAAUCAGUGCGUUCAACCAGUUUGGGGGGUUUUUAAUUAGGGUGCCCGGGAAUUAACAGAAGUGCGUGCCAGUCGGGCAACCUUGCGAUUUUCAGGAAACAAAAAUAUCGGAUAGGCCCUAAAUGAGGUUCACAGGGCUGAAUUUUACCUGAACCUGAAGACUUCAAAUCUCAGCUGCUGUCACUCCUAUCGGCGGCCCAAAUGACGUGCGACGGCGGUGUCCCGUGAUCCAGUAACUUGUACAGGAUUAAAUUAUAAAAUAAAGAAAAUAAUUAGAGGAAAUCCAGCGGCGGAGGGAGGGCAGCAUCGCCAUGGCGGACUUGGAGGCCGUGCUGGCCGACGUCAGCUAUCUGAUGGCCAUGGAAAAGAGCAAGUGCACGCCGGCGGCCAGAGCGAGCAAGAAAAUCAUAUUACCUGAUCCCAGCGUGCGUAGCGUGAUGCACAAAUAUCUGGAAAAGAAAAACGAAGUUUCUUUCGAUAAGAUCUUCCAUCAGACUUUAGGUUAUCUAUUAUUUAAGGAAUUCUGCGAAAACUUGGAACCUCCCUCGCCUCAAAUUGGAUUUUAUGAGCAGAUAAAAGAAUAUGAGAAAUUGGAGUCGCACGAGGAACGGAAAGAAAAAGCCAAAGAAAUUUACGAUAAGUUCAUUAUGAAGGAACUCUUAGCUCAAACUCAUGAAUAUUCGGAAGAGUGCCUUCAACAUGUUCAGCAACAUCUUAUGAGGCAAGAAGUACCGGCCACACUUUUUGAGCCUUACAUAGAAGAAAUUUACAGUCAUCUUAGGGAAGAACCAUUUAAGCAAUUUUUAGAAAGUGAUAAAUAUACUAGGUUUUUACAAUGGAAAAGUUUAGAAUUAAAUAUAAAGUUAUCGAUGAACGACUUUAGUGUGCACCGUAUCAUAGGACGAGGCGGUUUCGGCGAAGUGUACGGCUGCAGGAAAGCGGACACGGGCAAAAUGUACGCCAUGAAGUGCCUGGACAAAAAACGCAUCAAAAUGAAACAGGGAGAAACUUUAGCUUUAAACGAACGCAUCAUGCUCAGCCUCGUUUCUACUGGACAAGAUUGUCCUUUUAUCGUAUGCAUGACUUACGCUUUCCAUACUCCGGACAAAUUGUGUUUUAUUUUGGACUUGAUGAACGGUGGAGAUUUGCAUUAUCAUCUCAGCCAGCACGGAGUGUUUGCCGAGCAAGAAAUGCGUUUUUACGCUGCCGAAGUGAUUUUGGGUUUGGAACACAUGCACCGGCGGUAUAUCGUUUACAGGGACCUUAAACCUGCCAAUAUUUUAUUGGACGAGCACGGACACGUGCGAAUUUCCGAUUUAGGUUUAGCCUGUGAUUUCAGCAAAAAGAAACCUCAUGCCAGUGUUGGUACUCAUGGAUAUAUGGCACCUGAAGUUUUAUCAAAGGGUACGCCAUAUGAUUCAUCUGCCGAUUGGUUCAGUUUCGGUUGCAUGCUCUACAAAUUGCUCAAAGGCCACUCGCCGUUCCGUCAACACAAAACGAAAGACAAGCACGAAAUAGACCGCAUGACGCUUACUAUGAACGUAGAACUGCCUGAUUCAUUCUCGCGAGAUCUCAAGUCUCUUCUGGAAGGUUUGCUGCAACGAGACGUGGACAAGCGGUUGGGCUGUCGAGGGCAAGGUUCUGAUGAAGUCAAGGCUCACGUGUUUUUUGGUGGUUUGGAUUGGGGCCAGGUGUACAAUCAGAAGUACAGUCCUCCAUUGGUACCGCCUCGUGGAGAAGUCAAUGCGGCGGAUGCUUUUGAUAUCGGUUCUUUCGAUGAGGAAGAUACUAAAGGAAUUAAGCUGACAGAUGCCGAUCAAGAACUGUACAAAAAUUUCCCAUUGGUAAUUUCGGAACGAUGGCAGAACGAAGUUGCUGAAACUGUGUUCGAGUCGGUCAAUCUAGAAGCUGACAAAAACGAGCGUAAAAAGACUAAACAGAAGAAACCUUACAAUGACGAAAAAGAGUCUGACUGUAUCCUUCACGGCUACAUAAAAAGAUUGGGCGGUCCGUGGUCAGCUUCGUGGCAACUUCGAUACGCCAAACUCUAUCCGAAUCGUUUAGAAUUGUAUCCAGAAGGUUCCCGACCCGAAAUGGUACUGAUGGACCAAAUCGAAGAGGUGGCACCCGAAUUGCAAAGCGUCAAAAAUGAAAGUUGCAUAGUACUACGAAUGCACGCCCUCAAGGAUGGUAAAAAAGAAAAAAUUACAUUGACCAAUCCAGACGAAAUCGGUCUAAAAGAGUGGUUGCAAUCGUUGCGAGCUACUCACAAAGAAAGUCAGAAAUUGCUCGCUUCAAUGACUGGUAAAGUGGGCAAGAUAUACGGGACGGACAGCAACAAUAAAAACAGCCAGGCUAUUAUACAAGCCAAAAGUGCCAACGGUAACUGAGAUCCGGAAAACGGGAUUGUUGUGGUCACUUGCUAGAUUGCGAAGCAGAGAGAGAUGAGUUUUAGGAACCAGGGGAAGGGAAAAUGCCAAAAAAAUAAAUAAAAAAUCAAAUCAGUAUUUUUUAAUUAGAAAUGUGCGCUUGUUGUGUUGUAGACUGUAGAGUAAUUUUUUUCAAGUUGGCCUAUAUCAGACAAUAUUGAUGACAAUUGAGCUACAACCUCAUUUGAAAAAAAUGAUUCUAUCAGGAUGUUGUAGUGGCCGAGAAUUUUUAAUGUAAAUUGUGCCAUUUCCAGUUGCGAUUCUUGGUAAUUCCAUAUAUUCAUUCUUAUUGUUUGUCCUGUAGAACAAGAUUUAACUUUUUGAAAAAUAUAUGUCAAUUAUUGUAGAUGGUGUAGUUUAGAAAGUGUAAAUUAGGAAUUUUUGCUAAAAAUUCUUCCUGGCAAAAGUGUAAGGAUCUUGUAGAAUUUGAUAAAAUCUUAUAAGACAGUUUAGUAAGAGUAGCAAGUUUCCAUCCAGUGUAUAAAAAAAAUAUCCUUUAAAGCAUCUACUUCAUAAAGCUGUUUUUUUUUUUAAAGGAGCAAUUGAGAAUAAAUGCCACUUUUCUCCUCUUAUAAAGAAAGACAUUUUUUUUUCAUGAGCCGUCACUGGAAAUGACAUACUUUACAGGGUGAAAUUAUUCUUCUGCAAAACACCCUAUUGAAUAAUCAAAGUGUAAAAAAAAAAAUAGUUGAUUUUUGUCGUUAGUAGUGAGUUUCUUCCCCUUUGAAGAAAAUAUAAAUUAAUUUAAUAAUUUUAAAAAAUCGACGCGCGAUGACUGUUUUUUAUUUUUCAUGACAAUUUUGUCAGUAUUUGUAUUGUAAAAUUGUAUCUAAUUUAGUGUGGGGAUGAUAAUUGAUACCUAUACAGAUUUUUUUAAAUUGUAUUUAUCAAUUGCUAUGCUGAACACGACCUGUAUUUAUAGUGUAUUUAUUAAUUUAUCAUAAUAAUUAAUAACUAGCUAGUGUGUAUAAUAGGCUCAUUUUUUUCUACACAAGGGCCAGCAAGGAAAAAUAUAAUAAAACAUUAAAUAUUUGUAUUAUUACUUCUUUUUUUGUUUGACCCUUAUAGAUUAUAGAGUGUUUUAGAAAGUACAAAGCUUAAAAAAUAAAUGGAACUUUUUUUACAUGAAAAUUAUAACUGGCUGAAACACUCUGUAUAUGGAAAAAAAAUCGUAUUAUUUUGCUACAUUUAGGAGACUUGUAUGACCAGAAAUCUUUUUUAUACACUACAGCCAGGAAAACCUAACUAAUGUUAAAUGUCACUAACUUGUUUAAUAAAGAUGAGACAUUUGAAAAUCCAUAAAUUUGGAUGUUGAUUGUUUUGUGCAAAAACUGCCAUUAUUUGCUUCGUAAACAGAACUAUUUGAAACCUAAAAUUACCAGGAUAUUGAAGAAUAUCAAACGAUUUACUUUAAAUCUUGACUUGACUUGUAUGAAUUCAGAUAUUCAAAUUUGUAAAGGAAUAAUACUUGAAGUAGGCUAAACAAAAUAUAGUACAAAUACUAAAUUCUUGUAUUUUCAAUGUCCCAUUCAAUGUCGAUUUUUGUUUUGUUUUUGUAAAUACGAUGUGAUUUUUUUGUUUCCAAUUCAGAGAGUUGUAAUUCUAAAAAAAAAAAAAACAAAUAGGCUAAUUCUAGUCAAAAACAUUGCAUACAUUUUACCGUAAUCAUAACAAAAAUAAAAGUAUUUUAGUCCAA